AUGAUCAUUAGCAAUAAAAUCAUAGUAAUCCAUUUUAUCAUUUCGGGCUUUCCUAGUCUGAAGAACUUUCAGUUUCUCCUCUUCUUUGUUGGACUGUUCAUUUAUGUCUUGACUUUAAAUGGACACCUCAUCAUUAUCAGCAUAGUCUACAUUGACCGACAUCUCCAUAUCCCCAUGUACUUUUUUCUCAGCAACUUCUCCUUCUUAGAAAUAUGGUACACAUCCAAUAUUAUACCCAAAAUGCUAGAAGUAUUCCUAACAAAAAACAAAUAUAUCACUUAUACUGGCUGCAUUGCCCAACUAUACUUUUUAAUUUCAUUUGGUAUAGCUGAAUGUUUUAUUGUGGCAAUUAUGGCAUUUGAUCGCUAUUUAUCUAUAUGUAAUCCUCUACGGUAUCAAAACCUGAUGAAUAACAAUAUUUGCCAUCAAAUGGCUGCAUGUUCUUGGAUUGGUGCCUUCUUAAUUAAUAUUCCCCCAUUGGUGGCUCUUUCUAGGUUGCCAUUUUGUGGACCAAAUGAGAUCAACCAUUUCUCAUCACCUUUACUGAAACUAUCUUGUGUAAAUCCUCAUGAAACUGAAUUGUUCAACUUCAUUGUAGCUACUAGUGUCAUUGUUAGUUCAUUUUCCCUAAUUUUGGUCUCUUAUAUUCUCAUAAUUGUCACUAUUCUGAAAAUCCCCUCAACUACAGGCCGGGGAAAGGCUUUUUCUACUUGUGGAUCCCAUCUGGCUGUAGUCGCUAUUUUUUAUGGCACACUGAUGUUCAUGUAUGUGCGUCCAACCUCAAAAACUUUGAACAGUUCAGUGAUCUUCAACAAGAUAAUAUCUGUGUUUUACACAGUGGUCACUCCCAUGCUGAGCCCUAUCAUUUACUGCCUGAGAUACAAAGAAGUCAAAAAAGCCUUGAAGAGAGUUAUUAGUAGGAAACAUGGACUCACAAUGAAACAAAGCUGCAUUAGAAAAGGAUUAAUGAAUUAG